AUGUCGGAUGCAGUUCGGUACUGUGCGAGGUGCUCGUAUGUCCUUCUGAAGUUCAUUUUGGUCGCAUAUGCGACUGUUUUCUGGCUAAUCGGUGGAUUCAUCUUGGCCAUUGGCAUCUAUGCAGAGGUGGAGCGGCAGCGUUACAAAACCCUGGAGGGGGUCUUCCUUGCUCCAGCUGUUAUCCUGAUCGUACUGGGCGUGGUCAUGUUCAUCGUUUCCUUUAUCGGGGUGCUGGCAUCGCUCCGAGACAACCUGACUCUUCUCAAAGUGUUUCUUUACACGCUGGCUAUUGUUCUGAUUUUGGAGCUUCUGGGUGGAAUUGUUGCCCUGCUGUUCAGAAAUCAGACGGUGGAUCUUCUUAACAAAAACGUCCGUAAAGGCAUAGUGAACUACUAUGAUGAUCUAGAUUUCAAAAACAUUAUGGACUUUGUUCAAAGGAAGUUCAAGUGCUGUGGUGGUCUGGAAUACAAAGACUGGGCAGUGAACAUGUACCACAACUGCACGGCUCCUGGACCUCUGGCUUGUGGAGUGCCAUAUACCUGCUGUGAACUCAAGGCCAAUGAAGUUAUAAACACACUGUGUGGAUACAAAGUUCUGGAAAAAGAGAGACUUGACCUCAUUAACAGCAUCUAUAUACGUGGUUGUACUGAUGCUGUAUUCAUCUGGUUAAUGGAUAACUACAAAAUAAUGGCUGGACUUCUUCUGGGUAUCCUUGUUCCUCAGUUUUUCGGUGUGUUUGCGACCUGGCUGUAUAUCACUCGUGUGGAAGACACUAUAGAAGAGUACGGGAACUAUCAGGACGGCUUACUGAACAGUGAGCCACACGAGCCUAGGAAACAGGGCAAGCUGGAAAAGUGCUGCCAGUGCAUGCCUUUGUUUGAUUAAACCUCUGACCUACAGACACUAAACUGCUGAACCAAAGUGCAUCCGACUAAAGUAUACAAUCCCACAAUCCCAUUCACCUUGUAGCACACUCCUCAAACUGUAUGGCUUUUACACUCUGAUUACAGUGUGUGUGUGUGUGUACACAUGCUGUCUUUUAUAUAUACACCGACCAGCCAUUACAUUAAAACCACCUCCUUUUUUCUAC